AUGAAUUUGCAAGAUAUUAUACUGGAACCAACUCCAACUGCAACACCAGUUCCAGAGAGUACGACUCAAGUCAAAGGUGAAAAUGGUGAUGACUCCAAUGUUGGUGAGAAGGAGGUAAUUGAAGAUUCGCACAUAAAGCAAGAGGAGCAGGAGAUGGAGGAAGGGCUAACAAAAGGGGAAGUUACCGCCAAUGACACGCCACAAAGAACACCACAGCCUCAAGUUCAACAGCCGACACAGGAACCUGUUGUCAAACAAGAAAUAGUGGAAACAUCAAACCUUCCGCCAUUGCAUGAGGUUGUUGGCGGUUCAUCGGUGAGGAGGUAUUUGAAUAAACAUUUGACGCAGCAUAUACUAGAUGGUUUAAAAGAAGUGGGACAUGCAAGACCCGAGGAUCCAUUGAAGUAUCUAGGCGAGUUUCUAAUAGCCAGAUCUAUAUAUCAGCAUCGUUUGGAGGAAGAAGGCGAGAAUUGA